UGACAGCACCAGCCUGCAGCAGCCGACAAGCAGACGACACCCACCUGCGCAACUCCUUUGUCUUUCACUCGUGGCAACUCGUUGAUUUUCAUUUUUAUAUUCUCCCAAAAUGGAUCCUCGAGUUGAACGUGGUCAAGCCAUUAACACAUGGGCCUCAGUAAACAGUAAACGUAAAGUUGCUGCGUACAUUUUACGUGUGAUGUGGCGUGGCGCAACUUUUACAUGCUGCAAAAUUGGAAUUCUUCAUUCCAGAAAAAUGAUACUGGGACAAUUUCCACGGAAGUUGAGGGCAGUUAGAGUAUUGCUCUCGAAAGAUUGUUAUGCACCAAUUCAAUGUCCUGAGCAGUGCAAAAGUACUUGUUUAAUGGACGAAUUGCCAGUUCCCUGUGGAUCGUGGCAACAGAAGUUUGAUACGAAGAUGAGGCAGUCUAAUAGAGCUUUAAUGAUCGGAGGAGGAUUUUUCAUAUUCACUAUAAUAGCUAUGCACAAAUUCGGAUACGUUCGAGGAUACAAUGUUCCGCUAUUUUACUGACAAAGUAUUGAGAAACGAUUGGAACAAGAUUGUUUCUGUAGCACUCCAAUAAAUCUCUUGAAUUAGUCGAUGUUCAUUACGUUAUUUGUUUUCAAUCGUAUUCUUUACAUCUUGCAGGGAUAAAACGCGAUAUCUAAUCUAUAAACAAUGUUAACGUCAUGUCCCGCAAGUUUUUU